AUGGGAGUAACAGGCCUCUUACCACACCUCAAAGAAAUCCAAACGCCAGGAACUCUCGAAAGGUACAGAGGUACCACGCUCGCUAUUGAUACUUACGGUUGGCUCCAUCGAAGCGUCGUAUCCUGUGCCCAGGAGUUGUGUAUGGACAUACCCACUAGAAAAUACAUUACUUCAAUCCUCAACAAAAUCGACAUGUUGAAAUACUUUGGAGUGACUCCCUACUUUGUGUUUGAUGGUGCUCCACUCCCUACCAAGCUGGAAACCAACCUCGAGAGAAGCACGAAGAGAAAGCAAGCUAGGAAACAAGCAGAGAUGUACAUGAAACAGGGAAAAACCAAGUUGGCAUUUAAGGAGUUCAUGAAGGCCGCCAGCGUCACACACGCCAUGGCAAAGUCCAUCAUGGUGGAAUUAGAUAACCUUGGGAUUAAAUAUGUCGUAGCACCCUAUGAAGCUGAUCCGCAGAUGGUUUAUCUCGAAAAGAUCGGCGUGGUUGACGGGAUACUUUCUGAAGACUCCGAUUUGCUCGUGUUUGGAUGCAAACGCUUGAUUACCAAGUUGAAAGACGACGGAAGCUGUGUGGAGAUUAACCGAGAUGACUUUGGAAAAGUCAGACUGAUUCCCUAUUUGAGUAGUUAUACCCCAGAACAAUUGCGUCUUGUGGCCAUGCUUUCCGGGUGUGAUUAUACCAAAGGUGUCAAUGGGAUAGGGAUAAAGUCUGCAUUUACAUUAGUGAGAAAGUAUAACAAUCUUGAUAAAAUAAUAGUUGCAUUACAAAGUGAUGGGAAACAAGUCCCGGAAGGUUUCCGAGACGAAGUGGAUUCUGCCAAUUUAGCAUUCCAAUACCAGAAAGUUUUCCAUCCCCAACUACAAAAAUUAAUGACCUUGAAUGAGUAUCCAGACAGCCAUGAUUUAGAUAUGGAGAAAGUGGAGUUGUGUUGUGGUAAAACUUUUGAUGAUGAGACGUAUACCAAUUUGUGUAAUGGUGUGAUUAACCCAAAUACCCAUGAAUUGUUGGUUUCACGAGAACAAUCAUUGACUAGUUUAAAGAGUAAAUCAAUGACCAUGAGCGUAACUACCACUUCUACCAGAACAACAGUUGCUGCUACAGCUACACCAGUCUGUCCACAUUCAGACAAGACUAAACGUUCAAUUCUAGACAUGUUGGCUCCAAGAACACCAGAAAACCGACCAUUUAAGCGGCCCAAGGUGAUGCCUCAACCGCAAGAAGUGAAAUUGUCACCAACUUCUAAAAAGAUAAACAAGUUGACAUCACUGAGUCCUGCCGAGGGUAAAGCAAGCAAAUUUUUCACAAAGUCCACCGUAUCACCGGCAGCCACAAUGGUGUCAGAACCAGCACCAGCACCAGCACCAGCACCAGCACUAGCACCAGCACCAGCACCAGCACCAGCACUAGCACCAGCAUCAGUACCAGUACUUACCCCUGCAUUUGAUUCCAGUAUGUUAUCCGAUUCAGAAGUUCCCGAAGACUCAUCACCUUUGAAGGUCAACACAACAUCUAUCGAAGAUAUACUUAGUGAUGAAGACGUCAACGAAAAUGAACACCACGAGAGUUCAAUGAAUAGCAAUGGAUUCGAAUUGAGUGAUGACGACGAGGAAGAAAUUGAAGAAUCGUCACUUAAUACUUCUACAACAAUUACACAAGACUAUGUAUCUAAAUUCAAAGUAUUACGGGAAAGGUUUCUGUGUGAUUCUACAUAUACUGGAAGUGUCAAUGUUUUAAAACCUCGAGGUACAAAUUUUCCUACUAAGCAGGCAGUUAAGUCAACUGAAGCAGUCAAAUCUAGCUCAAUGACUCCAGUCAACACCAAGACAAUGACAACUUCUGUCAAGACUACAAUGUCAACCUCGGUCAACACUACCAGCAUAGAUAUAAAACAAUUUGCAUUUAAACGAUAG